UGGGGUGCGGGGCCGCCCCGCGUCUGCGGGGACGACGAGGACGACGACGAGGCCGCGGCCGUGAGCGUGAGCGAGGACGGCCCGGACGAGGCAGGUCCAGGCCGUCCUCUUAGCAUGGGGUACUGCCGCCUCUGUCACGGGAAGUUUUCCUCACGGAGUCUCCGCCACAUAUUUGGUCAGGUGCCAGGUGAGAGCUGUGAGAAGCCGCGCCGGAUGGAGCAGGUCUUCUUCAUGGACUUCAAGCGCCUGCUCGGAGUGCCCAUUCACCAGGACCCAGCCCUCCCCCAGUUUGUCUGUAAGAACUGCCACGCCCAGUUCUACAAGUGUCACAGCAUUCUCAAGUCCUUCCUGCAGAGGGUCAAUACGUCCCCCACAGGCCACCGGAAGCCCCGAGGAAAGGGCGGCACUGAUGAUGGCUCCCAGGCUGAGACAGAGGAGGGAGCCUGUCUGGUGGACCUGAUCACCUCCAGUCCCCAGUGCCUGCACCAAUUGGUGGGGUGGGCCCACGGGCACGCAGUGAGCUGCGGGGCAGUGCCAAGCCUCCAGAACAUGUUCUCUUCCGAGUACUGUGGCAUCAUCCAGGCUGUGUGGGGCUGCGACCAGGGCCAUGACUACAUCAUGGAUACAGACUCGAACUGCAGCGCGCUGCUGCUCGACAGCACACUGGCCGUCAAAUGGGAAUGGGACAGAGAGACAGCCCGUCGGCUCUCCAUCAACAGCGGAACCAAGCCUCCUGCAGCUGUUCUGCAGAGUCCUAGGAGCAAAGGGACCAUGGUGCCAGCUGGCACAGACAGUCAGUCGCUGCCCAGCACAAAUGAAGUUCAGCCCCCUUUGGACGCCAACCCUGUGGGGCCUGAGCCAGAUUCACCACCAGAGCCUCGCCAGCCCCUGAGUGGGGCCCAAGGGCAAUUGAGUGUGAAGCAGGUUUCAUCUUCAGCCUUGGAUGAUCGGGUAAAAGACGAGUUCAGUGACCUUUCUGAGGGAGACUUCUUGAGUGAUGAUGAAAAUGAAAAGAGGAGAAACACUCAGUCAUCUGAUGAAUCCUUUGAGCCUUAUCCAGAAAAGAAGGUCUCUGGCAAGAUGAGUGACAGCAAAGCUAAGAAGUCAGACGAACCCAAAAUUAGAAAGAAACCAGGACCCAAACCUGGUUGGAAGAAGAAGAUCAAAUGUGAAAGGGAAGAGCUGCCUACCAUUUAUAAGUGUCCUUACCAGGGCUGCACAGCUGUGUACAGAGGGGCAGAUGGGAUGAAGAAACAUAUAAAGGAGCAUCAUGAGGAAGUACGAGAGAGGCCUUGCCCCCACCCUGGCUGCAACAAGGUGUUCAUGAUCGAUCGCUAUUUGCAGCGCCAUGUCAAGCUCAUUCACACAGAGGUACGGAAUUACAUCUGUGAUGAAUGUGGACAGACGUUCAAACAGCGGAAGCACCUUUCAGUUCACCAGAUGCGUCACUCAGGAGCAAAGCCCCUUCAAUGUGAAAUCUGUGGGUUCCAGUGCAGGCAGCGAGCAUCUCUGAAGUACCACAUGACCAAACACAAAGCUGAGACAGAGCUGGAAUUUGCCUGUGACCAGUGUGGCCGGCGGUUUGAGAAGGCUCACAACCUGAACGUCCACAUGUCCAUGGUACAUCCACUGACCCAGAACCAGGACAAAGCCAAACCACUGCAGAGCGAGCAGCCAACUGGUCUAAUGAACCCCUCAGGGACGAUGGAAAGUCAGGCUGUCAAACCUGAACUGGUUGCACAACAGGAACCCACCUGAAAGCCUGGAAAGGUUCAGUGUGGGUAGUCAUUCAUCCUUGUACAAAUCAAAUGAUCAAAUAGAGUUUUUAACAAAAAUUUUAA